CUUUUGGUUUGGUGGAGGGGUGUGUAGCUCUUGCUCUUUUGAACGUGGUGUCGUCACUCGCCAUAUGCAGUUCUUCGCAUUGGCCAUUUAGCGGCCUGAGCGCGAGAAGGAGUUCCAGAAAAAGAAGAGAUAGAAGUUAGAAGUAUAGUAAAAAGCGGGUUAUUCGUACAUGGUAGAGGAAUAGAACCUGGGGGAACUGAUUAAAAAAAAAAACGGAAUUAAUGCAACUUGAUUGCAUAAACAAAAUGAUUAUUUGAUUACGUUGUUUGUAAAGUCUUGGUUUCAGGGUCAGCAAAGUGUUGUUUCUUCCUUGCCUCAAUUAAGUGGACUGAAAAAAAAUCGAUUAAGAAAAUAUUUUCUGCACAUUAAAUUACCGUUUCGAUGGACUGCAUGCUCUCGGUUCAAAACAAGCGGCGCCACGAAGUUGAAGAUCUUGGAGAGUGGGAUCAUUUGAAUCAGCCGACAAAACGGUUUUGCGGUGGAUUGGAAAGUUGCAUUCAGUUUGAUAAUGCCGCCGCUAAUGACCAGUUGGGGGAAUGCCCGAUGGAUACCUGGAAUAUGCAACAGCCAGUAAGCAGCCAUGACCCUCGGAGUAAAACAGCCAACCAACAUUCUAGUAUGGUGUAUGCCAAUGGAAGUGGUUCAGUGCAGCCCUGCCUGCGAUGCAUGGCUGGAGAAUCUGGUCAUAUUAACCAUAUUGUGGACUUCUGAGUGAUAACACCAGUGUGCUUGUAGCAGAAAUGACCAUCAGCGGAUCAUCAGUGUUGCCAAUUACGUGAAGAGGGUGCAAUUGUAUUCCACUUCUGAUAGUACAAUAUGGAAUACAGUAUGAAGCAAAAAAUUAUAAUCUGAAGCUCACGUUAUUUAGAGAUUUCAUGCUGAGUAUUUAAUAUAAAUACCUUAUCACUACACCACUCCAAACCUACAGCAUGUUUUAUUAUUAAUAAUAUUUUUUAGAAUAUUAACAUACUUACCAGACUCAAAGGGUUACCCAUUGUUUUAAAGAAUAGACAUUACAGUUUAAAGAUGCAUAUUGAUGAAAGUUUUAAAUUAAUGAUAAUCAACUGCUAUUCUCCAUGUUUAGGAAAAGUUGCCUUAUUAGGUGAAGUGAAGUGAUUUUGUUUAAUUUUAGACUCUGAUUUUUAUGGUACUACAUUGACUUGUGUAUUACUGGUAACUCGCUGUCUAGGUUUGGUACUACAAAACAUCUGGUUCUAAUGUAUAAUUAUAUAUAGAAAAAUCAACAAUGUUGAAGUGUUAGUCUAACUUUUUUAUAGUAGAGAUUGUUUUAUGUUUUUUUUUUUUUUUUAUGUGUUCCUGCUCUGGUAUAUAUUGCAUACAAAGUAUGCAGGCCUAAUUUACUUCCUUGUCUCAGUAAUUUUAUUAAACACAAACAAAGAUUA